UUAUGUUCUCUGCUUAUUCAAAAUGCAUCCUACUGCCGCCUCCUUCUUCCUAAAGAUUCUCAAUGGGGAGCCCAUUAUAUUACGCCCUAUUGAUUAUUACAGGCUAAGUCCAUUAUGAAUAAUGAAUUGCCUUCGUGGUGAUUAUGCUCCCUGGGAAUCAUGAAAGACAAGCCAGAUUGUAGCGUGGGCUCUUGUUGAUCUCACGCUUCUCAGUCCUCACACACACACACACACACACACACGAACGCACAUAUAAAGCUGGUUUCUCCACCGCAGCAUCGCCAAAGGGAGCUGCGCUCUCUCACGCGCACGCUUCUCCACACAAUAUGAGAUGAGAUGACAUUAUUUUCCAGCCUGCUCCCAUCAUGCCAAAUGACACAGACGUGCCACUGUCGAUGUGCGCGCUGGGACGCGGCUCGCGCAUCUCUCUCGCCACCUUCUACUCCUUCAUGUGCGUUCUGGGAACCGUCCUCAACCUCGUGGUGAUCUAUUUGGUGGUGACGUUCAAGAAGCUCCGCACAGCCAGCAAUGCGUUUAUCGUGAACGGCUGCGUGGCGGAUCUGCUGGUUUGCGCUUUCUGGAUGCCCCACGAAGCGGUGGCCACCUCCACUGGGACGUUUCUGGUGGUGGGUUACCAGGCGUUCAAAGAAGCGCUGCUGUUUCUUGGAAUCACCGUGUCACUGCUCUCCCAUUCGCUUAUCGCAGUGAACAGGUAUGUUUUGAUCACCAAAACGCCUGCUGUGUAUCAAAGUCUGUAUCAGAAGAGAAACACAGAGUGGAUGAUCGCAGGAUCGUGGCUGAUCUCGGUGGGCUCUUUGUUCCCGUGGCUCACGUCCUUUCGAUACCCUCCCGAGAGAUGCCGGGACGCAGAAGACGGAUCCUUCACCACGGUGUCCGUUUUGUCCAGUCGGUUUGCCGCCUGCACUUUGGCGUUCACUAUCAUCGGACAAACCGUCGUCGUCAUGUACUGCUACUUUAAGAUUUUCCGCCGGGUGCAAAUAAGCGUGAAGAGGGUCAGCAUUUUGAAUUUCCAAAUCGUGAACAACCUCCCUUAUUCUUUCCCGAGAAAGGACAAGCGACUCGGCUUCUACGUUCUAGCAGUGUGCUUAAUUUUUUUUCUUACAACCGAACCCAUUUUUUGGGUUCUCAUCGCCGGGCUGUUCAUCCCGGUGUCAGUGGCGCUUUGGACGUCAACUUGGAUUGUGUUCUGCACUAUAUUCGUGUCCAAUCCCUUUCUGUACACCUGGAAAAACGAGGAGUUUCGGAAGUCGUUCAGGUCUGUGAUGAGGGGGGACUUCUUGCGGGGAUCCACGGUCGGGGUCGAGCCCAUCACCAUCAAUACUAUUUCUCACAUCUUCCCGAGACAAAACAGCCGCAGGGCAUUUCUGGGUGAGAUGAACUGAGACGAACCUGCGAAACCUUACUAGUACUGUGGCU